GUAGACAACGCCGAUCGGAGUCCGGGACCAAUUCAGUUCAGCUUUGAACACGAAGGCAGACGCAAUGCAUCCGGAGCGCUACGCCAGUCCCAAUCCAUUGAUUCCAUUGGUAAUCGCAGGCGUCCUGCUUCUCUCGACGCUAUCGCAGGUGAGCGGCUACUCGGGCCGGAUUCCACCGGAUGCAGAUAAUCCCGGGAAGUGCAUGUACCGCGGCGACGUCCUGGAGUUGGGGGUCACCAAUGGCAUCGCGCCCUGCCAGCGACUGACGUGCAACCAGGAUGGCUCCAUACUAAUCGAGGGAUGCGGCAAGCUGCGCAUCGAAAACUGCAACCGGGGCGAGCGAAUCUCUCCGGGCGAACCCUUUCCGGAAUGCUGCAAGCUGAGAUACAAGUGCAAACAGAUCGGAGCGGCACCCUACUACAUCGAGCGGAAUACGGCGAAGAGGGUCUAGUGGGAUUAGCAGGGAUUAUGCCGGAUUAGCCAGCGGGAGAGGACCACCGAAGCCAAGGAUGACAUGAAUCUUUCUUAGAUGCAACGUUCAUAUAAUCAAAACAUUGUUAAUUUAUUUGUAAUCUUGUACUUCUCAAUAAGCACCAUGUUUUGUUUUUUUUUUUAA